AUGUCAUCGGAAAUGGAUAACAACGACAACGACAACGACAACACCGCUAAUGUUGUAUACAAGACACGAGUGGUGUUCAGAGUGAUGGACAUGAAAAACAUAUUGUCUGUUAAUAAUGGUUUUACUAUUCAUAGCAAAAAACUAAACAUUGGAUCAGAUGAAUGGUUUUGUAGUAUUAGUUUUACUAAUAAAAUGGUAAAACUAAAUCUUCAAGUGAUUCCAAGUUUUGAACAUCAAUUGUCAUUUGAAGCUGAAUACGUAAUGUAUAUCAUUGACGACAAUAACCAAUUGUUUUUCAAAAAACAAAUUAAUUAUGACUUUGAUUGGCGCUAUCAUUACAAUAAGUCUGAUAUUUGUUCAGUAAAAGAGUUGUCGGAUAAUAAGGACCGACUAUUGGCUAAUAAUAUCCUAACCGUUGGUUUCGAUAUAACAGUUUACAGGGAAAUCAAUUGCCGAGAAAAUUCUGUCCCAAAACCCAAUCGUUUCGGAAGAAAAUCGGAAGACAUUACCAAAGAUUGUCGAUUAGUUGUCGGCAAAGAAGAUCAGAAAGAGUUUUUCGUCUCAAAACUGUUUCUCAGUUCAAAGUCGGAUGUCUUCGAUAGGAUGUUUACCACAGAUUUUAUUGAAAAGAAAAACAACGAAGUGAUCAUCGAUGACAUUGAUAGCGAUGUCUUCGAGCAGUUCCUACAGUAUCUCUACACUGGAAACUGUGAUAAAUUGUAUGAAAUGUUGGAUGAAUUGCUAUACGUUGCCGACAAAUAUAUGGUAUCUUCGCUGAAGACUAUUUGUUUGAAUUUGAUUUUUUGA